CAACGACUCACUCCUGGGCUGCGUCCAUUUAGUUUCGUCGGCAUAGACUAUUUCGGCCCAAUCAUGGUCACUGUUGGGAGGCGAUCGGAGAAACGAUGGGUAGCGCUGAUGACGUGUUUAACAACCAGAGCCGUGCACAUGGAGGUGGUCCAUAGUCUGAGCAGCCAAUCUUGCAUCAUGGCCAUCGAGAGGUUCACCGGCAUCCGAGGCACCCCCUUGGAGUUCUUCUCGGACAAUGGGACCAAUUUCCAGGCUGUGAGCAAGGAGUACGGAAAGCUGGGACUGCAAAUCGAUACCGCUUGUGCUGAUAGGUUUACUCGAGCUCGCACACGCUGGAGCUUCAACCCUCCCUCAGCCCCUCAUAUGGGAGGGAUAUGGGAGAGGCUCGUGAGAUCAACCAAGGAGGCGAUGAAGGCUCUGGACGACGGCCGACGACUAACCGACGAAGUGCUGCUAACCGUGUUGGCCAAAGCUGCGGAAAUGAUCAACUGUAGACCGCUGACGUACAUUCCCCAAGAGUCAUCGGAGGUGGAAGCUUUAACGCCAAAUCACUUCCUCCGAGGUUUUCCGUCCGGGGAACAUCAUCAGGUGGAGGAAACGGCCAAUCCUGCUGAAGCUUUACGGGACCAGUAUAAACGAGCACUCCAGCUAGCGGACAUCCUGUGGCAACGUUGGGUCAAAGAAUACGUGCCCUGUAUCGAUCAACCAACGAAGUGGCACGCCGACAGCCAACCGGUAGCGGAAGGUGACCUGGUGUACAUCGCCGAUGGUAACAGCAGGAAGACCUGGGUGCGAGGCGUGGUCCAGCAGAUCAUCCCUGGACGAGACGGAGUGAUUCGCAGAGCUGUGGUGCGUUUGGCGAAUGGGAAGGAGCUGCGUCGUCCGGUGAACAAGCUUGCGGUGUUGGAGAUUGGUGGUAAAUCCAGUCAGGCGAAGGACCCUGCACUAGAGUUACGGGCGGGGGCGAUGUUGGCACCGCUGGCAACCAUGGCCCGAACAGCGACGCCGCCGAACCAGUGAGCGCGGCGAAGUUCUGCCGCAUUUGUCAAAGUGACAGAAUCGACGGUUGGGGGCGAGAACAAUUUUUUCAGUUAGUCGAAAUUUUCCAAACGCAGUGCAUUGUUGCCCAAAAAAGCGCUAAUCUAAAAUUAGCAAAUUAUUUGUAUCGCGAGUAGUUUAGGUGGAGGAAAAAUUGUUGUUUUCACUACAAAAAUCGCGAGCCUAGCAGCAGGCAUUAUUUGCAAGGUGUUCGGAUAGGACGCACAAGAAGAAACCAUUUAAUUUUUGAGCUACGGCUUGAGCAUUGCUCCAAAAACCGGUUUUCUUUUCGUCCGAACAGUUUUUGCAUGGCGCAUUCAAUUUAAGGAACUGAUUGUUAUUUACAAUAGGUUAAGAAAAAAUAAUGAAAAAAAAUCAAUGUAAAAUUAUUCAGCACGAGUUUCU